AAUACCAUUAUUCCACUAUCAUCAUCUUCCGUUGUUAUUAUGGAUACAAAGGCGCAGCUUGGGUUGCUGCAAUCGUUGGAGAUGUUAUGGGAUGACAAAGAUAUACACGACUCUCGCACUAUCGAUCCCAAAGCGGAUGCCUCAAUGCGGCAUUCCCUAGAGACGUCGUGUGAUGUACCUGCUAUUGGCGCGGUGCAUGCUGUCUCUGAGACUCGGCCGACAUCUUCUGUCAUCAAUGAUGCUUUGGGGCGCCCAUCUCCGCAAACACUUUUCGAUCAUUCUAAAAUUGAUCCCUUUCAAUCGCUACCCAAAAGGCUACGAGCUUUUUCCGAAUGCGAUGCAAAAGGAGCAGCAGGUGAUCUUCCUUCGCGGUCAACAUGGCUUCCCUCUGAUAUCAUUAUACGGGAUUUUGCUCGUAUACAGUUGAAUUCAUCCCCAGAUUCCAAAACUCCUUCACCAACUCCACUUCGACUCGCUCUUAGAAGACGCAAAAGCCAACCGCUCGAUUACACCCGCCAUAGAAUUCUCCUACCCACCACAAUCAAGCUCAAAAGUACAAUUGAGGAUGAAUCCGCGCAUGCCACGGGUCCCCCUGAUCUUUCUCCCAAACAUGUCGGCAGACACCCCGCUCCGUACAUCAUGCCGCCUCUCACAGACCUGGAAAAGAUCCUCCAUCCCACGCUCAUCAACGCCAUCCUCCUGUCCGACUACGCCGAUGCCUUCCCCAACCGUUGCUUCUGCUCGCUCGUCCUGCACGAAAUCCAGUGCCAGCUACCCACCCUGCGCCUAGACCUCCACGGACCCCGAAACCAUCAGCACCUUCAGACACAGCUCCGCUGCAUACUCUCUUCAAACACUACCGUGCUCGACAAGCUGCUCGGUCUCUACGGCGACGCUUUGCGACUACAUGCACAUGCACGCAUGAACGCGCGGCCCAUGGUGCUAGAUACCUGGAACGAAUUCGUCGGGCUGCUAAUCGAAGAUGUGUUCAUGCUGCCCAGGCACCCGAUCUUUGGCCAGAUUGACGAGUUGGAGCGGCUGGAGCGUGCGGUGGAGGUUGGGCCUGACGACGAGUUUUUUGUGGAUAGGAGGGGAGUUAGGGCUGGGUUGCGGAAGAGUAUGGAAAAGGGGAGGCGCAAGAUAAGGGUGUUCAAGUAUAAGGGGGAUAAGAGGGUGGUUAGGUCGAGGGGCAGAAGGUGGGAUUUUACGUCUUAG